GAUGCUGAAGAUGGAGCGCAAGGUCCAAUCAGCUAGGCGGCAUGAGUCGAUCUAUUGGCAUUUAGCUUCACAUGGUGUCCCAAAGAGUUUACAUUGUCUUUGCCUCAAACUGGCCGAAGAGUAUGCUGUGAAUGCCAUGGCACGUUCUCAUUUACCUCCACCUGAAUUUGUUUCUCAUCUCACUGAUCCUUCAUUCGAUCACAUCGUUCUUCUAACUGACAAUGUCCUUGCUGCCUCGGUCGCCAUCUCAUCUACCAUCAAGAGCUCAGUCAAGCCAGAGAAAUUGGUGUUCCAUGUAGUGACUGAUAAGAAAACCUAUACUUCAAUGCAUGCAUGGUUUGCAAUAAACUCCGUAAAUUCAGCAGUCGUGGAAGUCAAAGGAUUGCAUCAAUAUGAUUGGCCUCAUGAGGUGAAUGUUGGAAUUCAGGAUAUGCAAGAGAUUCAUCACCUGAUCUGGAGCCAUAAAUAUGACAAUUUGAAGGACAUUGAAUAUAAGGAAGAGCAUGAAAGGAACUUAGAGAUUCUAAACCUCAGCUGUGUUUCCCUUUUGAAUCAUCUGCGCAUAUACAUCCCGGAGCUGUUUCCAGAUUUGAACAAGAUUGUGUUCCUAGACGAUGAUAUUAUAGUGCAACACGACUUAUCAUCUCUAUGGGAAUUGGAUCUCAAUGGGAAAGUUGUCGGUGCGGUUGUUGACUCAUGGUGCGGUCGUGCCUGUUGCCACGGUAGAAAAUACAAGGACUAUUUCAACUUUACAGAGCCAAUUAUAUCUUCAAACUUGGAUCGUGAUCAGUGUGGGUGGUUAUAUGGGAUGAAUGUUUUUGAUCUCCAAACAUGGAGGAAGACCAAUAUCACUGCAAACUAUCAUCGAUGGCUUAAACUUAACCUCAAUUCUGGAUUGACAUUAUGGCAUCCUGGAGCACUUCCACCUGCCUUGCUAGCGUUCGAGGGUCACGUGCAUACCAUUGAUCCAUCGUGGCAUGUUGCUGGGUUAGGCCAUCGAUUUCCACAAGUUUCCCAACAGGUAUUGGAAGCUGCAUCUGUUAUCCAUUUCAGUGGACCCGCAAAACCGUGGCUUGAGAUUGGGAUCCCUGAGGUACGAAGCUUGUGGAAUCAACAUGUGAAUUUCUCAAAUGAACUUAUUAGAAAAUGUAGAAUAAUAGGGUGACGAGGAGGACAACUUUCUCUCACUCGGGACGUAUUCGUUCUGAAACCAAACGCAGAGGCAUAGUUUGAGACAGAGGGAAGAAGGUUUUGCCUUCAGUCUCUGCUCACACUUAGCUCUGUACAAUAUGGCAUUAUGAUACCUUGUCCAUAACUAGAAAGUAGACGAAGGUAGCAUGCAAUACACAAUAGAUUUAGGAUCAUGGAUCUAGCUCCACACGUUAUUAGUACAGUAACAAUUCAAUGAUUAUAUGUUAUACUUUACGUAAGCCUACAUGUGCUUUUCUCUAUGGG